UUAUUUCUUAACAAUGAAGAUUUUGAAAGUAGCAACGGUGUUGGUUGUUUCCGGAGUCACACUUUACGUCGUUUAUCGAUGUUACAAAUAUGGAACAGUGUUUGGAAAGAUAGUUGAGCAGGAGGAGCAAGAAGAAAAUGAAAAUAAGCAGAGAAAUGAGGAAGGCACUGAAACAACUACUUCAUGCUCGGCGAGCCCAUCUUCAAGGACAAAUAAGAGGAAAAAGAAGCGUCACCGUCGCCGUGCCCCUGCUCCCACCGCCAUCCACGAUUCAAGCACAGACUCCUCGUCGGUUAUUAAAAAUUAGAAACCGCAAACAAUUUCCGGUCGUUUUUUGAAUAAAUGUGUCAUCGUUUUCUUUUCUGCAAUGAAUGCUUGAAUAUUAGAA